AUGUGCUUCACCGAAUCAUGGAUGCACCAGGAUAUUUGCCUUGACAAUGCAUUUGUUCAUAAACUCUUCAUGUUGAGUCUGAGUCUACAGAGGGUCCUAGUGCUGUGGAAGAAGUCAGGCCUCUUUCCUGUACCAAAGUCCCAGUGGCCCAGACCUGUGGCACUGACUUCCCAUUUCAUGGAGACCCUGCGAAAACUCAACCUCAAUCAGCUCCAACCUAUGACCAGGUCACAUCUGGACCCCCUUCAGUUCACUUACCAGUGCAGCCUCGGAGUUGAGGACACCAUCAUCUACCUGCUCAAUCGUGUUUACAGCCAUCUGGAUCAGCCAGCGAGCACUAUGAGGGAAGUCCAUGGUAUGUGUGUCUUCAACAUUGUGUCUGACAAGCUGAUCUGCAACACAGGGGCACCACAAGGGGCCAUCCUCUCCCCUUUACUCUUCAACCUCUUGCCAUUCUCUAUGCUGUUGCAUGCUGGGUUUAGGGUCACAGAUGCCAGCAAACUCAAGAAACUGAUCUGCAAGGUCAGUGAUAUUGUGGGGACGCAGCUGGACUCUCUUAAAGUGGUGUUGGAGAGGUGGAUGUUGUCCAAGACAAGGACAAUGCUGGACAAUAUCUCCCACCUCCACUGCCAGCUGAGAUGGAUGAAGAAGCCCAUCUGUUUCCUCCCCAAAAACAGGAACAGAUUCAUGCUUCACCAGAAUAUCAGUGGAUCAGAGUGCAGCAGGCUGGAUGUGAUGAUGGGGCACUCUUUGCUCUGCAUGGCCGGCUUUUUCUUGCUCACUACUGUCAUCUAUGGAUAUGCUGAAGAUGUUCAUUCAGCAGCGUCUCUCACAGUGAGUCCUGACAGAGUGCAACACUUCAUCUCUGACUCUGUCUCACUGACCUGUGAGGGAAACUUCACUGAGUGGAGAGUGGUGACUGUUCCACAGGGCGAUCCUUCAUAUUAUUAUAAAUGUGAGAGAAUGAAUGGAUCCACAUGUAACUUCAAAACAUCAAAGUCAGGUACUGCAGUGUACUGGUGUGAGUCUGGAUCAGGAGAGUUCAGCAGUGCAGUCAACAUCACUGUACAGAAUUAUUUUAAUUUUUAUAAGCUUUAUGGUCCUAUCCUGGUGAGUCCUGUUCAUCCUGUGACUGAGGGAGCUUCUGUUAGUCUGAGCUGCAGUUUGAAAACACAAAAAAUACUUUCCAAUGUGUUUUUCUAUCACAAUGACAAACUUAUUCAAAAUGAUACCCGAGGGGAGCUGAACAUCUCUGCAGUGUCAAAGUCUGAUGAAGGUUUCUACAAGUGUCAGUACUCAGGAAGAGAGUCAGCACAGAGCUGGAUGUCAGUUAAAGUAACUGUGUCAGGAGCUGACAGCUCUUCAUCUCCUGUGUGGUUGAUGGUUGGACUGGUUUGUGGAGUCUCUCUCAUUAUUAUUCUCCUGCUCUUGUUGUAUCGCUGCAGACAGUCCAAGUAUUCCUGCUUCACCAGGUCGAUCCAGUCUGAGAGUCACAGUCCGGGCUCCUCCACAAAUCAUGGAGUCAACCAGAAUGAAACUCAUGAAUACGGCUCUCUUCAACAUGGUACUGCCAACUUCUAUGAAUCAAUCGAACAAGUCAAAAACAGAAAUGGGGACUAUCAUGAACCAGAGGGGAAUGCUUAUUACAUUAAUGUACAGAUGUGAGCUGCAGAGUGUGUCUGCACCUUCUAAACAAAGCCUGUAAGGAUACAGGAAGUCACAAGUGGGACAGGCACGAGGGGCAGCCAGUGACCCAACACACAUCCUUAAAGCUGAUAUCCACCAGCUUCUCAUGUAUGCACCCAGCAUUUCCUCAGUCACCUGAGCUCAGAGCUGGAUUCUUCAUUCCCUCCAACAUAAAUAUAAACCCCUUUUUCGUCACCACAGAACAUCUACAGCUGGGACUCUGUGAAGUAGCGAUACAUGAAAACUAACAAGUUUAAUGUCCACUCAUGUGUGUAUAUAAAACAGGUUCAUUAACUUAAAUGUACACAAAUUUAUUUGUGACUUAAUGAUGAAGAUUUGAUUUUCCCACCAACAAUUCUGCUCAGUAAUUGAUUUUUUGCAUGUUUUCCAUCCUCUGUCUUCCAGUUUUACUGAUUUACUUGCUUUACGUCAAAAUGUCUGAUUUGUGCUCUCUCAACAACCCAACAUUAAUGAUU